UCACAGAUAUGUUAUCUUCCCCGGGCUAUGGAACUUGACGUUGAAAAGCUAAUACAAACUACGUGGUAUUCCGGACUGCAAACGGAUGAUAUAGCGUCUAUGCUUUCUUGUGUCAGAUUCAGUAAUUUCACGUCCACGGAAUCAGGGUUCAAGGUUAUUACAGAGGAACAGGGUGUCAGUACUGUAGAGUUUGACCUUAAUAUUGAUUAUGGCGUGGAUGGAACUUAUCGUCUGAGGGAAUCACAAAAAGAAUACUUUCACGAAGGGCACGUAAAAAUGAACGGACUUGAUAGCGAAACCGUCAUGGAUAUGGACAACUUUCUAACCAAUGGCAAUUCUGUUUACCUGACUGACUACGAAAAUUAUUUGACACUUUUCAUUUGUCCGUCGAACGGAAUAGCUGAUAAAGAGCAUCGUAUGAUUCGUGGAUUUUUUCCAAGUCCAAAUCCUACUUUGUCACAGGUUGCAGCUUUCAUUAAUGCUCUUCAUGAAAUCGGAAUAUUUGCCAAGUUUUAUGCCUCUACGUGUUCAGAAAUAUACUAGUGUCAUGAGGAAUAACAAACAAAUCAAUCAGAAAUGUGUCAUAUAUUAUUCCAGAAAGGUCAAAUUCGAUGAAUGUUUUUUAUUAUUAUUAUUCAGAAAAUCAUAUAUCAAUGUUAUUACAGUGUUGAUAUGACUUUUGAAAAAUGGAAUAAAUUUACUUGUCUGUGUAAAAGUUUGUUACAUGGAUAGAUUUACCGAUGCGGUUUCUAUGUUGAUUUUGUUUUAUUUCGAAAAUAUUUUAGAUCGAUUUAAGCAUUAGUGUUAGUAACACAUUAACAGUUAUAUUUUUUUACCAUUUCUUGUGUAUAUUAUAGGGGAAAUAAACAGACAAGUACCCAACUUGAAAAAAUCUGAAUAUUAUUUUU